AUGAAGACUGCCACAGCUUUGUUCUUGGGCGCCAUGUACGCUAGUAUGGCCGCUGCCACUCCUCUGGAGAAGCGCGCAUACACAACGAAAAUCGAGCUGUUCACAGUCACAGUCACCGUGACCGGAUACCCACCGGCUGAGACACCUGUGGCUACCUCUGUUGACGCCGCCCCCUCUGCCCAAGUUACUCCUGAUGAUUCUGAAGGUAGCACUUGGGGUGGCUGGGGUGAAUGGCGCGGAGGAAGCUGGAGCAGUGACUCUGCUUCUCCCACUGCUGCUGCUCCGCCUGCCGACACACCUGCUUUUGAGGCUCCAUCUCCGACUUCUGCUCCUGAGUCGAACUCGUGGCCAUCGUCAACCCCGGAAGCUCCAGCAUCUCCUCCGUCUGCUCCUGCGCCGGUCUCGACUUCGGUCUCUUCGGACUACAAGCAAGGAAUCCUUGACUCCCACAACAUGCACCGUUCGAAUGCAUCCGUUCCAAACCUUAGCUGGGAUGACCACAUGGCUUCGAUUGCCGCUCAGAUAGCCGCCAGCUGCGUCUACGCUCAUGACACCUCCACCGGUGGCGGUGGGUAUGGCCAGAACAUCGGCGCAGGUGCCCCUCCCGAAGAUAUCCCCGCCAUGAUCACCAACGAGAUGUACAACGGCGAGAUCGGCUUCUACCCCGGUUAUGGUUCUGAGCCUGACAUGAGCAACUUCGAGAAAUGGGGGCACUACUCGCAGAUCGUGUGGAAGUCGACCACGGGUGUUGGUUGCGCAACCCAAUAUUGCCCCAACGGGUUGGCCAACACAGGCGGCAACGUUAGCCCCUACUUCACUGUUUGCAACUAUAGUCCGCCUGGUAACUUCGGCGGCCAAUAUGCAGAGAAUGUACUUCAACCAGGAAACGCACCCACCGUCACGUUAUAA